AUCAACACCGCUGCGCUGUCUCAGACGGUUGUCCGCCUAAACCGUCCGCCAUGGCGUCCACCGAAAGGCUCCUCAACGACGUGCCAAACACUGCGUCCACCGUUGUGCGGCCGACGGUGUGCAGAGUUGUUUUCGCAGGUUUGACGAUAUACUUGGCCUUGCUGUACUGUUUCUGGAAACUUGGGCUGCCUGGCGCGGCAUUGGAGCUUGAACCCGUGGUGUUGGUGGAUGGGCAGCGUUACACCGCAGUGCAAUAUUUGGGUUUCAAUUUGUUUACAGCUCCUGGCACCGAAGCCGACGGUUGCUUCGAUAAAGGCGAGGAUUUGGACGCAUGCUAUUUGGGAAGCGCCGAGGUGGCGAAUGACACGGAACAUCGACUGCGCAUCAUGUCAGAAGUGUUGGACCGCGCUUACGCCUCCGAACAUUGUGACCGAAGCCCCACUACGCUCAAGAUCUUUUUGGCACCCGAGUUUUAUUGGCGUGGACAAAAGGGGGCAUAUCGGAUUGGAAGCUCCACCUUCAGCGCCGCUUCCAAAUCUGCCGUGGAACAUUUGUCCGGCAAAGUGAGCCAUCCGCAAUUCAAACAUUGGGUUGUGGUGCCGGGGACCGUGGUGAUGGUGCAGCAUGCGGACGAGCGCUAUGUCCAGAUGUCUGGCCGACCCUUCGAAAACAUCAGCUACUACAACUUUGCGCCCAUCCACAUUGGUGGAACGAAGCUGAUGUAUUUGAAGUUCAAGCAUUUCAUCAGCAGCAUCGACUUCCUUCAAGUGGAACCUGGCCAGUCAAGGCAAGUUCGAACCCCUCCUGGCAGUGCCGAGGAGUUCUGCAAACGGCAUCCGCACUCCAACGGCUGCAUCUACCGUCGCCUCGAUCGGAGCUUAUUGGAUCGCCUGGGCUUUGAAGACUUCCGGGAACUCAUCGGCGGUGUGCUCAACAUCGGAGGCCUGCGAGUGGGCUUCGAGAUUUGUUUAGACCAUGCGAUGGGGCAGCUGUGCAACAAGGACCUUCGGCCAGACGAGACCGUCGACGUCCAAGCGAUCGUCUCUGCAGGGAUGAACAUCGCUUCGGGGCCCGUGUGCACCAAGAAGGGUAACCCUACCUUCUUGGCGGAUGGCUUCGCUCGAACCGAGCUCUCCUUGAACCGCUUUGGGCGCGGUCGGGCCAGCACCCGCACUGGCGGGGGACGGCGCUACAACGUGGGCUUGACUUACGGUGCAGAUGCCAUGGUCUCCAUGCAGCAGUGGGUGGCCGAUACGAUCUACGACAUCACCGGCACCGGCUUUGGCACUCGAGAAGCGGGGAUGGGAACGCUGCCUGGAGGCAGUGAAAGCUCUGGCAGCACAGGAAUUCCCUUUCAUCAGAUCUCUGCCCUGGGCGAUGAUUGGAAGCACCUUUUUGCCGGGUACUACGACACGGCCAGCUACCGAGAGGCUGAGCGGGCGGAAGAGGUGUUGGAAUUCUCGUUGAAGCGCUACGAGAAGAUUGAGGAGGGAGCCGUCGCGACCGACAUCCCUGAACCCAAAGUCUUUCCCACUGUGGACAUCUAUGGCCCCCUGCCGGUGUGACCGGGUGCCAGGUGAAAUCCUGCCCAAAAGAGGCCGAGAGACCUGAACGUUCGGACCCUGUAGUGGUACAGAUGAGAUGGGCCAUUCGACCUCUCUUGGGUUGUUUCCCCUGGUUGUUUGCAGUGUUGGCUGCCUGUGAGGGGCGGAAGAUGAACACUCUCCCUGGGUGGCCCUUGACGAACGAUCCAAAGAGGUCGCCACAGCAGGUUUUUCAGGACGGUGCUUCUGGUGGAAGAAAACAGUGAGUUCGGUGGGCCAUUCUGCC